AUGGGUGUGAAGAGGCAGAAAGGAGGUCAGCCUCAACGGGAAAGCAGAGAGCGCAGGGCGGCCUCCCUCCGCACCGGGGGCCGUCGGUGGAGCUCUGUCAGCAGCGGCUCGUCCACCUGUGGCGGCGGCGGCGGCGGCGGGAUGGCGGAGCUCGCCCUCAGCCCCGCCGCCGUGCUGGGCUUCCUGCGGGAGCGCGGCGGCCGGGUGCGCAACGCCGAGCUGGUGGGAGCCUUCCGCCCGCUGCUGGAGGCCGCCGGGGACGCGGCGGAGCGGGCGGAGCGGCGGGAGCUCUUCAAGCGCUCGGUGAACGCCGUGGCCGUGGUGAAGGAGCGCGACGACGGCAAGUUCGUCGUCCUGCGGCGGCACCUGCGGCCCGCCCCGCCGCCCGGGGGCGUCCCGAUGGACGGCGGCGGGCCCCCGCCUCAGGGGCGGCUCUCGCCGUCGCCCCCCGAGGAGCUGCCGUCGCCCCGUGCCGUGUCCGAGCUCCGUGGCCUCUUCCAGAGGAGCGGCGGUGGCGGGGUGCCCCUGCCCGCCGGUGGGUCCGGGACCCGUCGGGAGCCGGUCCCCAAGCCCUGCAUGCUGCCCGUGCGCUGCGUGCCGUCGCCAGCCGCUGCCCCAGAGCAGCCCGAGGAGCCCGGAGCCGCCUUGUCGCCCUUGCCAGAGGAGGACGAGGCCGGGUGCCGCUCGCCCAACCUGCGGCGGGUCCCCAAGACCCCGCGGGCCAGCGAGGAGCCGGCGGCGGUGCCGCUGGAGGAGGCCGAACACCGCUGGCUGGUGAUGGCGGCCGAGGGGCAGUGGUCCCAGCAGCUCCACGGGCUGCUGCUGGGCGAUGCCAGCCUGGCGGCCCGGCGGGACUUCAUCUCGGGCUUCACCGCCCUGCACUGGGCCGCCAAGAAUGGCAACUGCGACAUGGUGAGGAACGUCAUCGAGGUGGCGCAGAAGGAGGGGACUCACGUCGACGUGGACGCCAGGUCGCAUGGUGGCUACACGGCGCUCCACCUUGCCGCCAUGCACGGCCAGGAGAUGGUCAUCAGCAUGCUGGUCCGCAGCUACCACGCCAAGACCGACCUGAGGGACUACAGCGGGAAGAAGCCACACCAGUGCUUGAGGGAAGGGGCCUCCAUUGCCAUCAGGCGCUUGCUGGGGGACCCCAGCCUCGAAACCACUGGGGGAACCUCCCUCCCCAUAAAGAAAAGCACCAAGAUUGCUGCUUCCAUCUUGAGCUCCACCAGCACUUUCCUGGGGGUCAUAUCCGAUGACAUGGCUUUCUACGACCUCACCAAAGGCUUAAGGAAGCCUUCAUCCCUGAACAAGCUCCUGGCUGCCACGACAGGCCCGAGGAGGAAGCCAAAGACCAGAGGGAGCUUCCCUUCGUAUUGUUCCCUCUCUGAGGUGGUAGAGGAGGAGGAGCAAGAAGAGGUCAUUGUGAAACGCCGGCCGGUCUCUGAGCUGUUCUUUGGCCACUAG